CGCAUCCCCUCAAAAUCGCGCAUUUUCAACAUCUUUCUUUCUCUCUCUAGACUAGAUUGAAGUCUCUGUCUCCUCCCUCCUUUUGUUCUCUCUAGAAUGCCUCAGGUUGAUCUCGAAACGCUAGUCUCCGCCUGCGCUGGCGGAGGGACUGACCGGAAAAUCGCAUGCGAAACGCUGGCAACAGAGACAGCCGACGCUGGCGACACAAAGAACGGCUCCGGCGACCAGGAGGCCGAUUCCGGCGAAAUAGAGGCCGUUGUAGCUCCGGAAUCCUUCUGGCUGUCGAAGGAUUCCGAGUUCGAUUGGUUCGACAGGAACGCUUUCUACGAGCGCAAGGAGUCCACGAGAGGCGUCAAUCCGAACGCGGCCGAGGCUCACCUGAAUUCGAAUCCGAGCUCGCAGAGGUUUUCCAAAGCUUCGAUCUUCAGGUUGCCUAAAAGCCAGAAGACUACCUACGCAGAGUCGUCAAAGCGGAGGACGGCGAAUAAACCGGCGAAAAUCCGUCUUUUUCCGCCGCGGCGGACAGGAUCUAUUGGGAAACCAGGCGGUGAACCGUCGUCUCCAAAGGUGUCGUGCAUCGGAAGGGUUAGGUCGAAGCACCUCCGCCGGAGAUCGUCAACGAAGAGGGAGAAAUCGGUCCGGAGCAACGGAGAAAACCGGAAGCCCCGGUUCUAUUCCCGGUUAGUAUCCAUAUUCCGGCCCCAUUCCAACCACAAACCCGCGAAAACCGGCGAAAAGAAACCGCAAAGCGGAGGAAACGGGGAGCAGGUGGGGCCAGUCGCGAAGAGCGUGAAGGCGAAAAAAUCUCGCGAGAUUCCAAUGAGCGCCGAACCGGUAAUCGAGGAACCCGGAUUGAAGCGGUUCGCGUCGGGUCGGCGGUCCGAGUCGUGGGGGGCUUCAGUGAUUCAAUAGGCUUUGGAGACUGAGGGGUUCGAGGCAUGGGCCCCAGCGCGGGGAAAUUGUUUCGUGUUGACCUUUUCACUUCCUCCGUAUAUACCGCGUAUUGUACUCCGUAAACAAAAACUCCCUCCAUUCUUUAUUAAAUGUUUGUAAUGAGU